GCAUAUCUGCAUGAUCCACGAAGUUUCGGGAAAAUAUGAUGAACAUGUUGAAAAUUCGGUCAAUUUAUCCCCGAUGUGGGCGUUUUACCAACAGAGAAAGUAAUCUGUCCAAUAGAAGAUAUUUUGAACCUGUUACAACUGUUGUUCGCCAUAAGAUUUCACCUUCUGGGAGAGAUUAUGCCACUCUUAGAGCUGAUGACCAGUACCUUCACAGGAGUAUAGUGCCCACUGAUCACUUCCAGAGAAGUUUACCACGGUUGCCCAUUCCAAAACUAGAGGAUACCUGCCAACGUUAUCUAAAUGCCCAACAGGCUUUGUUGUCCGACAAUGAAUUUAAAAAAACCAGAGGAUUGGUAGACAAGUUUAGGAAUGGGACUGGUCUAGAUUUACACAAUGAACUUGUCACUAAAGAUAAGCAAAACAAACACACGAGCUACAUCUCUGAGCCAUGGUCGGAUAUGUAUCUAUCCUCCAGAUUGCCAAUUGUACUAAACUUCAACCCCUUCAUAUCUUUCUUUGCUGAUCCUUGCAAGGCCAACAUGGACCCGGCAAUCAGAACAACAAAUGUGCUUAUUACAUCCUUAAAGUUCCAAAGGUCUCUCAAUGAAAAUGUGCUAGCACCUGAAAUUUUUCAUCUCAACCCUGCUAAAAGUGACACAGACCAGUUCAAAAAAGUGAUGAGGUUCAUUCCAAAAGGUUUAUCAUGGUAUGGAGCGUACUUAUACAAGGCUUUUCCUCUUGACAUGAGUCAGUUCAAGAAUCUCUUCAGUUCAACAAGAGUUCCAAGACUUGGCAAAGAUGAGAUAGUGAGCUAUAAGGACUCGAGACAUGUCGUUGUGAUGAAGAGGGGCAACUUCUAUGUGUUUGACAUCCUUGAUAAGGACGGCAAUAUUGCUCCACCAAGCGAGAUUUUGGCAAAAGUGCAGCACAUCCUUAAUGACAACUGUGCCCCCGCUAAGCAUCCCCUGGGAUAUCUCUCAGCAGAGGAAAGGAACACAUGGGCAUCCGUCCGUGAGAAGCUGCUCAAUGCUGGCAAUGAAGAAGCUCUACAGUUAAUAGACAGUGGUUUGUUCUGUUUCUGUUUUGAUGAUGAGAACCCUAAAGAUCCAAACCAUCUGACCAAGAUGUUCCUGCAUGGGAAUGGUGCUAACAGAUGGUAUGACAAGUCCUUCAGUAUGUUGAUGAGUCCUGAAGGGACCAUGGCCUUGAACUUCGAACAUGCUUGGGGAGAUGGUGUAGCAGUGCUCAGGUACAUCAAUGAAGUCUUCAAGGAAACUACCACCAAACCUGUGAUCAACUCGGAUACCAAGCCUGCCUCAAUAGACUGCUCAUCUUUAGUGAAGAAAUUAGAAUUCAAACUUGACGAUGGCCUCAAACAGGCGAUCAGCAAUGCUAAAAUCAAAUUCCAUGAAGCAGUUGGGCAUCUGGAUGUGGCUCAUGUUGUGUAUGAAAAUUGUGGCAGGAAUUUCCUGAAGAGUGAGCGUAUUAGUCCUGAUGCCUUCAUGCAGCUAAGUUUCCAGAUGGCAUAUUAUAAGCAGUUUGGCAAUUUCGUUGGCUCCUAUGAAUCUUGCAGUACAUCUGCCUUCAAGCAUGGACGGACAGAAACGAUCCGACCCUGCACCAUGGAGACAUCUGAUGCCUGCAAGAUGUUCCACAAGACACAAAAUCGUCCAAGCGUAUCAGAAAUGAGGGAAGCAAUAGAGAACUGUUCCAAGAAACACAGUGAUCUAACAAAGGAAGCUGCAAUGGGUCAAGGAUUCGACCGCCAUUUGUUUGGGUUGAGGAAGAUAGCUGAGACUCAUGGGAAGCUUCCUAAUAUCUUCAAUGACCCAGCAUAUGCCUAUAUGAACCAUUGUAUCAUCUCCUCAUCAACACUCAGUAGUCCUGCUGUACAGCUUGGAGGCUUUGCCCCAGUCGUCCCAAAUGGUUAUGGUGUUGGUUAUGCAAUCCAAGAUGAGAGACUAGGCUGCAACUCAACUGGGUACCCUCCAGAUACCAGCGUCUCAGAAUUUGUUGAAUGUGUCAGGCAGAGUGUAAAGGAAAUGCAUUCCAUACUAUUAGGAAAAGACUUUAGAUAGACACUACCAAGCAACCGUCCUGACCCUGGCAAUUUCGUGAAUAACACCACCGAUUGAAAAAAAACACAAUUAGAUUAGGAGUACGCUGGUGGUCACUUCUGUUCAGAAUACAAGCGAGUACAUCAUAGUACAUAAAGCAUGUAAUGGAAAAGUUCAAAAAUCAGAGAUUAUAACUUGAAUUUCGAGAUUUCCAGCUGUGUUAAUUCGUA